UCUUCAAACAAAUAGAAUGGAAUUCGGUUAUACUUAUCGAUUAGAGCUUCCGGUCUAGGCGUAGAGUGACUGUCCUCGGAAACAGAGGAUAGGAUAAGAUGCGACCAUGUCACGGGGAUUGCUGGUGCUUUCCUUGUCAGGUGCUCCGGGGGCAAUGCAGCCUUACUGCCGUAGGCGAGGGGUUAGUGGGUUUUUCAUGCUUAGUUGCUUGCUCCUUGCCAUCCUUCGUGCCACUUCAAACUCAUGUCUGAUACCAACCGACACCAUGCUCGGCCCCUUUUCUUUAGUGUCAUGCCGGCAUUAUAAUGCCAUGUAUAAAGGAAGGAUGGAAAGCUUAUCCUGUGACUACUGCCGGCCCGGCGAGUGCAUAACCACAGGAUGAUUUAUUAAUCCAUGCAAAAAUACUCUGAGGUAAGAGUAGGUAGUCAAGGAUGCGAUGGCUCGCGAAUAAACGAGUCUUUCGAUCUCAGUCUUUCGAUCUCAGUCCUCGGGGGCUGGAGAGUGCAUUCAUGACGGACUUCUUGG